AUGGAGAACACGACGGGCGAGACCACGUUGAAGGCGCCGUCGGAAACGUUUCUCGCACACCUCUUGUGCGGAGCUGGCGCUGGGCUCAUCUCCGACGCCAUCGUCCACCCCAUCGACACUUGUCGCACUCGCCUGCAAGUGCAGCGUGGCGUGGGCUCCGGACUGUUCUACAAGAACACGGCGGACGCGUUCACCAAGAUCGUGCGCCAGGAAGGCGCCAAAGCGCUCUACAAGGGCUUCACCAUCGUCGCCAGCUUCACAGUGCCGGCGCAUGCGCUCUACUUCUGGGGAUACGAGACCGCCAAGCGCACACUACAACCGUCGGUCCCGCUGGAGGAGAAGGGCGCGCUGGUGCACUUCGUGUCGGGCAUGUUCGCCGACCUCAUGGGCUCCUUCAUCUGGGUGCCGCAGGACGUGGUGAAGCAGCGGCUGCAGGUGCAGAAGACCAGCCUCGCCUCGGCGGCGGCCGAUACGGUCAAGUACAAGGGCAGCCUCCACUGCAUCAAGACCAUCAUCAAGGAGGAGGGAUUUUUGGCCCUGUGGACGGUGCGCGAAGCGGGUCUUCCAGAAGACCCGAGGCUAUGCCUCGGUGGACGACCUCCCGCUUCCCUACCAGCUGGUGGGCGCGGCGUCGGCCGGAGCGAUAGCGGCGGCGGUGACCUCGCCCCUGGACAUCAUCAAGACCAGGAUCCAGGUGGGUUCGGACUACAAGGGCGCAGUGGACGCGGCGCGACGGAUCUGGACGGAGGAGGGUCCGAGGGCGUUCACCAAGGGUAUGGGCGCGAGGAUACUGUGGAUUGCUCCCGCCACCACCAUCACCAUGGCUGCUUGGGAAUCAGAGAAAGAGGACACCUGCUAUGA